AUGAAGACUUUUGCAUUUUUAUCAGUGAUCAGAGCAUCCGAAGCUUUCAGAGCUAAUUGCCCUGAUCAGGAAUUGGGAGAUCUUUGCGAAUCAAACUGCCUUGAUGGUCUAAGCUCCUGCCUUUCUGACUGCCUCUCUGAUGCCGGGUGUCAGGAGCAGUGCUAUACCUCCUUCAACAAUUGUUCCUUCCGAUGCCCUUGUAAUAUUUUCUGCCCGGACGGGUGCAAAGAUUGCGAAAACGAAAUCUGCCCCGACGACACCUGCCCCGACCAGAAUCUCGCUGACGAAUGCGAAGCAAAAUGCUCAGAGACACUUGAGUAUUGCCUGAAUCAGUGUUCCGACCCAAGUUGCCAGGAGAACUGUUUUAUCGGCUUCAACAACUGCUCGUUUCGAUGCCCCUGUAAUAUCUUCUGCCCGAAUGGCUGCGAAGGCUGUGAGAAUGAAGUUUGCGGCGGCGGAGGAGGAGAAACAGCGAGACGACUCGUUCAUCUGGGCGAUGCUGGAGGAGAAGGGAACACGGCAUUUUUUGUUACUGAUGAAUUUGGCGAGUUGUUUGAAAAGCUUUUUCUUGCACUUCCAGAUUCCGGGCUUUCAUCAAAUACUUCGUUGAGAAACGCCGGAUUCGCUGUUUUCAGGAAUGAAAUCUUCGCUUUUGGCGGAGAAGUUCGAGAUUCCUAUAAAACGAGAAUUCUGAAACUUGAAGGUUGCGAAUUCAAGGUGCACCCAUUCAGUCUUGUCCGGCCAUUUCAUUCUACCUACGGAUCUAUUGCCGUCUGGGAUGGUGGAGAUUUUGAAGAAGAAGGAGUUUACAUCUGUUUCGGGACUUACGAUUAUCGAAAAUAUUGCGAGCGCUUCAAUGGAACCUCUUCCGAGCGAAUCGCCAGCACGAAUACGGACCAUCAAAGUGCGGCGAUGUGUGUCUACGGGAACGAGCUUUUGGCCAUUGGCGGAAUCAAUAGCUACUCGCAAAAGUCAGCGUAUGGGUUUACCGCGGCAAAGCUGGACAAUAACACGAUCAUGAUGUUCCCAGGAAAAUAUGGAAAGGCAGCGUAUCGAACAAUUUGGAAUGGAGAGCAAAUUGAAGAAAAUAGAGCGCUGCUGACAGGCGGAGAAUUGUCGUUGGACAAUGUCAUGCAUCCGAUUGUCUACGAAGGGAAUCUGGAGUGCCCAGAAAUCAAAGCCUGA